AUGGCAUUUGAAUACGACCCCACAGAAGUCGCUCCCAAAGUGAUAGAAGCCCUAAGAUCAUUCUCCCAGCACAUACGCAAACCAGGCUCAGAAGAGAACUUUGAGAAAGUCUUUGACAUCAUCCUGGGCCGAGUGAAAGAAUACAUUGCCGAAAAUGCACCGAUUACUAUGGUCUUGCCAGCCUUUCCCUGGAAGAACCCUAAUCUCGAUAAAGUCCUGGGGCCUGAUCCGGAUUUAGGUGAGGAACUUGGACUAUCAAGGUUGAAUGAUAUAUGCCAAAAAAUCUCGAAGUUUUAUCCUUAUGGUGCACGGCUUAUGCUUAUAUGUGAUGUGCCUGUGUACAACGACUUGGUUGGGAUUCCUGAUGAAGAGGCGUAUGAUUAUGGUCUGCGUCUCCGGGAGCUAGCUCAAGAGAAGAAGUUCUCUUCUAUACAAUUCAUCCGACUGAUGGAUUUGAUGAGCUUGGGAGACGGCGAAAAGAUUUCUAGAUCAGAUUAUUUGGAGCUGGUCCCCACUAUCAGAGAGAGACUGAUGUCGAGCGACUACUUUGAUCAAAGCUUCAAUAUUGAGACUGAACUUGAGAUGAACCCGGAUACUAAAGCUACGUUUGAUGGGUUCUUCAGUCGUAUCUCGGAAGAUUUGAAAUGGGGCAAGGGACUCGAUGCAGCUGUUGUAACUGAUCAGGCUGCGUACGACGUGGAGGUUGCAAAAGUAGUCAAAGUCAUGAUCCAGCGGCUUAUCGCGUACGAGAAGUUGAUCAAUGUGACCUUGGGCAGUCACAUUCGCCUCUCAAUUCAUCCUUCAAUAGGAAAGAACAAGAUCUCAAUACCUCUGCUCCCCCACGCAGGAAAGUUUGGUGACAUGCCUUGGCACGCCAGCUUAGUAGUUCUCUCCAAUGGAGAAAUCCAGACAGGGGAUGCAAAAGAUUUCCGCGAUAAGUACGACAUCAUCAUGAAGAAUGGCAGACCUUACUACUUCCGCGAGCGAAACGCGUUGUAUGAGUGGUCAGUGCCGGUUGAUAUUCAGCAUUCGUACAAGAGCCUGCUCUUUAAGAAUCCGGGAGAUGGAGAACAGACUCUGCAGGCGGACGAUCGAUUGAAACUUGCACGUUGCAUUGUAUCACACAAGGAUCACACUGUGCAUGUAGAAGGAUUUACAGUACCGGAGGGUCAAGUUGCAUGA